GGUCUCCAUAGUUUGGUGAAAGGGGUUUAGUUUUUGUGAUGACCAGUUUGUUGCACCACAAAGAGCACCAUUGUGGUAUCAGAACUGAGCUGUUAUUUUUAGGUUCUUUUUUUCUUUUUCUGACUGAUGAAAACUGUAUUUUUCAGACUUUUCUGUAUGACGCUAGAAUAAGUUUUGGUACACCCCGAUACAGUGCGAAAAAACCACCACUUUUCACAAAAUGUUCCUUUUUUUGAGGAGAAAUAAAUGUUUGUAUCUGCCUGGACUUUUUGUUUGGGUCUUUCACAGUGACUCAGACAGUAGAUGCACAGGAUGUUGUAAUCACUGUUUUGGGUUUUGGAAAUAAAAAGAGGAAGAGACACGUAAAAAAUUAAAAGACAGAAGUGAAAAAUCGAAAAAGGGGAAGUGAAACUGAUCUGUCAUCAGGUUAGUUAAGAUUUAAAAAAUUAAGGGAGAAAUGAAGGGAAACUGCACCUAAGAUUAGGAAGCAAGACUGAGACUAUGUUGGGGAGGGGGGGGGGGGGUUCUGAAGCCUCCUUGUUAUUCUGCAUUCAUGCUUCCAUCACUUUACCUGCUAAACCCGUUUGCUCUCCUGUCAGGUUGCUCAGCCCAUGACAAUAACAGGCCGUCAAUCUUGUGUGACGCCAACACCCUGGGGUGAAAUAUCACAAAUACCACACCGAUUCCUCCGUCCUGGUACAUCAGCAGUGUUUAGGCGGCAGGCUGGCAGCUUUACAUAGCAUCUGUGUCAACUAGUAUAAAAGUGUGAACAACAGGAACAGAGGGAAACAUAGAUGUUAAUUAAUGUGCCUGACAAAAAAGGUAAUGUGAGAGCUCAUUGUCACCAAAUAAAUUAGAAUGAUGCAGGUGACGUGAUUUAUUUUAAGAAGUGGGCAUCAUAUGCUGGUGCUGUGUGUGUGUGUGUGUGUGAGAGAGAAGACAGGUGAGCACUGUUAGUGGGUGUGUCUUAAGCUGUUGUUCUUUCUCUCUUUCACACACACACACACACACUAUCAGGUCUAAAAUAAACCCUGGUGAACCUGUUACUGCACAUAACCUGUAACACAUUUCUUCAACUGGAACUGUGUAAGUGGCUCAGGCUGCUACACAUUAGUUGUUAGUGCAGCUACACUUUACCUGUGGGAGUAUCUCUAUCUGUGUUGUUCACCUUUGGACCGAAAAAGUUUAUUUGCGUCGGGACGUCUUGGACUUUAUCCUGAUUAUUUCCUGUUCAUGCUCGUGUGCUAGAUUGACUUCUCGCCUGCAUCAUUUCAAGGAAAAACAAGACUGCUUCAUCUUUUUGAACAUCUUUACAUCUCAGAUUAAUUCAGGAGAGACUAUCAUUCAGGCCUGACAAGGUGUUCAACGCUCCUGGUGGAUUUUUUUGAAUUUUUUAUUUUUUUAUUGGUGUUGGAAGAAAUACCUACAAAGUUUGGACUUGUUUGUGUGAGUGUUAGCAGUUCCUGGGGCGCCUGCAUAUUAGGGCAAAAUGAUGGAAGAUGUGUCCAUGAUGAUGGCGUAUGAUUCCCAUGUUAUGGACCAGAUGAGCGAAGAGGAGAUUCUGGCCUGUCUGGUGGAAGAAAUAGAACCUGCAUUUACAGUCCACACUAACAAAUCUGAACUGAGUGAAAGCCGGCUUCAAAUAAUGGAUGAAGAAGAGUCUUUGAACAAAUACCUGAAUGAGAACCGUCGGCUGCAGCAGGCCAGCCUCCGUCUGGAGCAGGAGAACGACAGCCUUGCCCACAGACUGAUCACCAGCAAGGUGGGCCUGAGGAACGCUCUGGACAAGGUGGAGGACAGAGUGGACGAACUCACCAAAGACCUUUUUCAGACCAGACAUCGACUGCAGGCUACAGAAGAGGAGAAGAGAGGGAAAGAGGAGGAAGCUGCAGUGUCAAAGGAAGUGUUUCGGAGAGAGCUGGAGAAGGCCGAGCAGGAAGUCAGAAGAUCGUCGGGUAUCAUUCUGGACUACAAACGGAUCUGCUCUCAGCUGACAAACCGUCUGGAAAGGCAGCAGGCCGCCCACAGAGAAGAGUUAGAUUCACUCAAGAGUACAGUGAAGGCUUGCUCACGCUGUCUACAUGUCGUAGAAACAGAUGAACCAUCCACCCCAGCUGAGAAAUCUCCAACAGCCGCAGAGAUAGAAGGCCACGGGAAGAGCGAAGCAGGCUGGGAAGAGGACAAUGAAGGUCCAAAACAGGCAGAGCAGAAGAGAGACAACCAGGAGAAGGCGUCCUUCAAGGCCCAGAUCAGGGAGCUGGAACAGGAGUUGGCCAAGACCAAACUUCAGAUGGUGGAGGCCAAGUGCAAGAUCCAGGAGCUGCAGCACCAGAAGGGAAUCCUGGCCAACGAGCUCCAGGAAGCAAAGAACAGCUGGAUCAGCAAGGCCUUCACCUCCCUGCGGACCUCCAGCGGAGAGGGACUUCACAGUAUUAGCAUACCCAGAGAUAGAUCUCCCACAGUGGGCUGGAACCUCCACAGCGGCUCCCUCUCUGGAUGGAGCGCAAAGAAGCUGUUGCGGCCUAUCAGAGACAAUCGAUAAACUGUCUGAUAGCUCGGACUGUGAAUGUGCGGAUCACUUAAAAGUACAUCGGAAGGAUCAGACCUUAGAGUAUUAAUUGACAAUGUCAUUAUGUAGUCAAUACUGCUGCUAUUUCUUGUUUCGGGCACUAGAGAACAGUCUAGAAUUCAAAACGAUCAGAAGAGAGUACCUGAGAGCAUACUGCUGGGCAGGUACUCUGUUUUCUGAUCACCACUUUCCAGCUAGUGUAUCCACUGAAAGGGUAUUUAUACAUUUGUAAACCAAAUCCAUGCGUUAUGUGAGUUUUUUUUCUACUACACUUUGUUAUACUAUAUUAUUUGUACUUGUGCUGGACCUUGUGUCGUUUGUAAA